GCCGGAAGUUCAGCAAAGCAGCAUGUUUGCAGUGUAGGAGUCUUCGCCGGCUGAAUUCUCUCUUGGUUUAUUAUUAGCGGGGGGCGACCCUAAGAGAACGAUGGACAAGGAAGAUACUUUCCUGGUAGAGGACACGCAACUGUCCAUCUAUGAAAAGAAGAGGAAAAAGUCACGGAAGGGCAGCUGGGAAGAGCAGCCAAUUGUGUCCUCUGAUCAAAUAUGCUAUUCUUCCCAGGAUACAGAAGACUUUGUGACCAGAAGAAAAAAACAUAAAAAGAAAAAAACCAGUUCGGAAACAUCUGAUGCUUCCUGGGUCAUCCCCGAGACGCCACUGAUCGAUGAGUCUGAAAUAAAUGAUUUUGUGCCCAAGAAGAAGAAAAAGAAGAAGAAACACAGACAUAAACAUGGUAGUGAGGAUGAGUGUGGGAGCCCAUCAACGCCCACAAAAACCUGCAAACUCUCCCCAAAAAAGGCUUCGGAAAAUAGGGGUGACACUGCUGUUGGGGAUGAGUUUUGCAGCGCGUCAACCCCUCAAAAACCCAGCAAACUGUCCCCAAAAAAGACUUUGGAAAAUGGGGGUGACGGUGCUGUUGGUGAUGAGUUUCGGAACCGGUCAAUUCCCAAAAAAUCCAGCAAACGGUCCAAGGCUUCGGAAAAUGGGGGUGACACUGCUGUUGGGGAUGAGUUUUGCAGCGCGUCAACCCCCCAAAAACCCAUCAAACUGUCCCAAAAAAAGACUUCGGAAAAUGCGGGUGACGGUGCUGUUGGUGAUGAGUUUCGGAACGGGUCAACUCUCAAAAAAUCCAGCAAACGGAGCAAGGCUUCAGAAAAUGGGGGUGACACUGCUGUUGGGGAUGAGUUUUGCAGCGCGUCAACCCCCCAAAAACCCAGCAAACUGUCCCCAAAAAAGACUUCGGAAAAUGGAGGUGACACUGCUGUUGGGGAUGAGUUUCGGAGCGUGUCAACUCCCAGAAAAUCCAGUAAGCUACCUCGAAAGGAGGACUUGGAAAAUGGAAGUGGGGUUGAGAGUAAUACGUCCUCCCAUAAGAAGAAGAAAAGGAAACGAAGGAUGUCCUGUGUCCCUGAUGGGCCUACGGAAGAGAAGGCUGAGGUCACCAGGUCACCGAGAGAAGGUCAGGUGGACCUCGACGAAACGAUAGACACACAAAUGGAUCUCUUCGCCUCCUCGCCAUUAUCCUUCUCAGAGGGACCACAAGUGGGCCUUCUCCCAAGGGAUGAUCAAGAAGGAAGCCAUUCUCCCACCGCCGAGAAUUCUGAUGCUACUCAGGUGGACCUGGAGAUGGAAGGAACAUCAGCUGGAGACCACGGACAGGAGCAACCUCCGUCACCAUCCCAGUCGCUCACAUCGGAGGUCGACAAGAAGCAUGGUGGUGAGGUUCGGCGUGUUUUCCCAAGCGGAAAACGACUUAUUAACCGAAAACGUCGAAGCGUUUCUGGAAGAAAGCGGGAUCGAGACGCCCGAAAAACUCCUGUUUGCCCACCGGUUCCCGGAGGAGCAAGCCGAAAUCAAGCGGCGGAAAUGCCAAUAUCAGUUUUGUGAAAGAAUCGCUCGGGGUAUCGCUCGGCCCUGGAGGCUAGUUUACUAUCGAGCCAGGAAAAUGUUUGAUCCUCAGAAUUAUAACGGACGGUAUACAAAGAAAGAAGAGAAAAAGCUCUUUAAAUAUCACGCCAUGUAUGGGAAUAACUGGAAAAAGAUCUCGGAGCUAAUGAACAGAAGCAGCCACUCCAUCGCCUUGAAAUAUUCACUGAUGGUAGAGG